CUCAGGCCUUCGUCCAACAGGUCAAUUGAGCUGUACCACUCGCUGGCGUUCCGUGAUGCCUCCUUGGAACGCUUCCAGAGGGCGCUGCGGAUCCCCACGGAGGUGUACGAUACUUGUUCUGAUCCUCGAGACGGCCUUCAGGGCUGGGAGCCAUUUCUGGAGCUCCAGAGGUACUUUGAGGACGAGUAUCCCCUCGUCCAUGCUCAAUUGGACAUCCACAAGGUCAACGAGCUGGGAUACGUUGUCAUUUGGAACGGUACUGACGAUGCCUUGGCCCCGUUGCUGUUGAUGGCUCAUCAGGAUGUUAUUCCUGUUGAGAAGGACACCUGGGACCAAUGGACAUAUCCUCCCUUCAGUGCACACUUUGACGGCACCAGGGUGUGGGCCCGUGGAGCUGCUGAUACGAAGAACCUGGUUGUUGCUCUGUUUGAAGUGUUUGAGCAGCUGCUGAAGGAUGAGUUCGUCCCCAAGAGAACCAUGAUCAUGAGCCUUGGGUACGACGAGGAGGCCAUUGGCCGUGUCGAUGGUGCCAAUUCGCUCGUCAGCUUCAUCUCUGGCCUGUACGGAGAGAAGAGCCUGUACGCUGUGCUUGACGAAGGUGGCUCCGUGGUGGAGCUGGACGGAGUGCCGGUAGCUGCCGUUGGAGUCCGUGAGAAGGGCUAUCUCGACAUCAACAUCGAGCUGGACACCACGGGAGGACACUCGUCCCGGCCUCCAGACCACACGGGGAUCGGCAUCAUGAGCCAGCUCGUUGUCAGCCUCGAGGAGGAGCCCUUUGGGUCUAAAUUGACCAGCGAUAACCCGUUGUUGGACGUGCUA